UAAAUAUGAUGUGAAAAGGUUCACGUUCAGCUCACACGUCUUGCUCACAUAUUGUACUCUUUGGAAUUCAAAUUUCGCAUUCAAUUUUUGUAACUGAAAGAUAAAGUGUGACAGUAUCUCAUCUUUCCUCUCACCCUAUCAGCACAACAAAUAAUCAUCAUGCAGAAUCCAACACUUGCGACAACCCUUUUCGCCAUUUUGCUCCUUGUCCACUCCUCACUCGCUCUCAAGGAAGGACAAACAUGCGUAGCAGACAGGAACUGCGACUCGGGUUUGCACUGCGAAACGUGCGUGGCCAAUGGGAACGUGCGACCAAGAUGCACUCGCAUUCAACCCAUCAACCCCACUUCAAAGGUAAAAGGGUUGCCGUUCAAUCGGUAUUCAUGGCUGACGACGCAUAAUUCAUUUGCGAUUUUGGGUCAGAAACCAAUGGCGGGUUCUGUUAUUCUUGCUCCCACCAAUCAACAAGACUCCAUCACUAGCCAACUUAAUAAUGGAGUACGAGGGUUGAUGCUUGACAUGUAUGACUUCCAGAAUGAUGUUUGGCUGUGUCACUCUUUUGGUGGUCAGUGCUACAACUACACAGCUUUUCAACCUGCCAUUAAUGUUCUGAAAGAGAUUCUAGUAUUUCUGGAGGCAAACCCAUCAGAGAUUGUUACCAUUUUCAUUGAGGAUUACGUUACAUCACCAAAAGGCCUAACAAAGGUGUUUGAUGCUGCUGGACUGAGAAAAUACUGGUUUCCAGUGUCUAGAAUGCCCAAAAAUGGUGGAAACUGGCCAACAAUUGAUGAUAUGAUCAAGAAGAAUCAGCGUUUAAUUGUCUUCACUUCAAAAGCAUCCAAGGAAUCUUCUGAAGGGAUAGCCUAUGAAUGGCGAUAUUUAGUAGAAAACCAGUAUGGAAAUGGCGGAAUGAAGGUUGGUUCAUGUCCAAAUCGUGCAGAGUCACCAUCUAUGAAUACAACUUCAAGAUCAUUAGUUCUGGUGAACUUCUUUCGAGAUCUUCCUGAUGUAACCAAGUCUUGCAAAGACAAUUCAAGUCCUUUGCUUGAUACGGUCAAUACAUGCUAUGGAGCAGCUGGCAAACGUUGGCCUAAUUUCAUUGCUGUUGACUUCUACAAGAGAAGUGAUGGAGCAGGAGCCUUGGAAGCACUAGAUGUUGCUAAUGGUCAUCUAGUGUGCGGAUGUGAAAACAUUGCCACCUGCAAGGCUAACAUGACAUUUGGAGCAUGUGAGGUACCUGAGGCUGAAGCAACUCCUCCUGCAGCAGCAGGUGACACUAGCUUUGGUGUUGGAAAUUGCAAGCAAGUUGAUUUGUUGUGGUGUUUUGCCACCACUGUUUUUGGGGCCAUGCUUGUGGCAUUGUGAAUAGACAAUUCCCUUGAAUAUAAGUAGGAGAAAGUGUGUGAAGAAACCAUUUUUGGUGCAGUGCAAUGGUGUUAUUUACAGUUAUUUGAAUUUUGAGAGCAACUUUGGAAAUUGCAGUUGUAAUUUUAUAGUCACUCCCUAAUUAAUAUUUGUUAGUCAUCAGUUGUGUUGAAGAAGAACCCUUUUUUAUGUACCACAGACUUUUUCUUUUAUAUAUAUUUAUAUAUACU